UUGACGACCUUACAUCGUGGUCUGUCAACUGAAAGAAGAAAGGUUAGGCGCCGCAGAUCUGACUCUGGUUCAGAACGCGGCCUUACAUUUUUAACUGCUAUCCCGGCUAUCUUAGCGCACGUGACAUUAGCAGCAUGAAGUCGGCCGUGUUGGUCUCGGCUCUUCUGUUAUCUGUCUCGAUCGGAAGGACAAAUGCAGAUGUGUGCCAUUGGGAAGGCGAAGCUCCCUUCUGUGACCCUGGUGACUGUGAUAUCGGUACCUACGUCCGCAGUGACAAUUGUGGAGACGGGAGUUGUUGCUGGUCGGGCCACAAGAUAUAUUGCUGUAUACCCGACAUUGACGAGUGCGCGACCAACAAUGGUGGCUGUCAGCAGAUCUGUACCAACACCAUCGGAAGUUUUUAUUGUUCCUGUGGGGAAGGUUUUCUCCUUGGCCCUGAUCGCUCUACCUGCUUUGGUGAGGGAUAUUACGGCAUUAGCUGCCACUGGGAAGGUACAGCUCCCUUCUGUGACCCUGGUGACUGUGAUAUCGGUACCUACGUCCGCAGUGACAAUUGUGGAGAUGGCGAUUGUUGCGUCACUGGCCAUAAGAUACACUGCUGUUACAUGUUGGAACCUCCAUUAUGGUCAGCAUCCUCGGAGUGGGAUUCACAUCACUCACCUGAUCGUGCAGAUAUCAACACUCGCGAGACUCCAGAUGCAGCAGGUGCAUGGGCAGCAGCAGCAAAUGACCAGGACCCAUGGCUGAUGAGAGAUCUUGGCGACGUUAGCGUCAUCGCCGGCAUCAUCACCAAAGGCAGGAACUACAGCCCUGAUUGGCCAUGGGGCAUACAUGACCAAUACGUCACAUCCUACACCAUUUCAUACGGCAAUGCAAACGGUGAUGAGACGUUCUACACCAAUGCCGAUGGGCAAGUUACUGUUUUUCCGGCGAAUGACGACAGAGACACGGAGGUCUACAACGACUUCGGAUAUUUCAGUGGCGGCAUAACUGCGCGCUUCGUCAAAAUCCAUCCGCAGACAUGGCAUGAGUACAUCUCCAUGCGGGCAAAGAUUGUGACAGAUAUAAACGAGUGCGAGACCAACAAUGGUGGCUGUGAGCAGAUCUGUACCAACACCAUCGGGAGUUUUGAGUGUUCUUGCCGUGACGGUUUUCUCCUUGCCGCUGACGGCUUGACCUGUAACACUGCUGUGUGCCACUGGGAAGGCACAGCUCCCUUCUGUGACCCUGGUGACUGUGAUAUCGGUACCUACGUCCGCAGUGACAAUUGUGGAGACGGGAAUUGUUGUUUUACGGGCCAGAAGAUAUACUGCUGUGUCGCAGCUGAAUGGCUUGAAGUUUUUUCAACUGUGAAAGGAACAGGACAAACUGUUUACGACGCCUGGAGAGCUGGUCCUGGUGCAAUAGUCCUCCACAAUAAAUGUCCAGUGGUAGAUCAUUGGGAAUCGCUUGACAUCCUACGGGUGAGGGUUGUGUUGGAGACAAACGCUGGAAAUGCAAAGCUGAUUUUUGACGGGACAAACACUAACAAGUUCGACUGGUUCUCCAAGCCUCGUCUCUUGUCAUCUCCUUGGGGCGAUCUCGAUGUUGAGCCUCAAAACUUCUUCUCGAUCGAAGGAAGCCCAAAUUUGGAACGUUCUUUUUACAUCAAUCGCAACUGGGAUGGUUGCCCCGCUGACGCUGGUUGGAUGGUGGUGGCCGACGGCGGUGCGGACGGAUUUUGCCCAUGGGAGCAAACUCCUGAUAAUAAUGUACCCUACAUCCUCUUUUCUAACACUGGAGGCUACGCCAACUUUAACGGAGGGGGUAUUGUAGCAGCCGAUCGGAUGGUCAUCUACAUCGAAACGGCCGAAAAAGUGCUGUGCUCUUGCCCAGAUGGCCAGUCUCUAAGUGAAGAUGGAACAUCCUGUGUCGAUAUUAACGAGUGCGAGACCAACAAUGGUGGCUGUGAGCAGAUCUGUACCAACACCAUCGGGAGUUUUGAGUGCUCCUGCCGGGACGGUUUUCUUCUUGACGCUGAUGGCUUUUCCUGCCUUGAUAUAAACGAGUGCGAGACCAACAAUGGUGGCUGUGAGCAGAUCUGUACCAACACCAUCGGGAGUUUUGAGUGCUCCUGCCGUGACGGUUUUUUUCUUGCCGCUGACGGCUUGACCUGUCACACGGUGACCAGGACCGAUUGGUGCGUACUUCCAGGGAGGGGAAUUUGCACCUCAUGCGGAGAUCCACACACACGCAUGUUUGACGGGACUCCCUACAAUUUCCAAGGCCCGUGCAGAUACACGUUCGCCAAGGACUGCGGAGACAGCAGCGACUUUACUGUGGAAGUGCAACACGUACCCGUGGGGCCGCUUGCAUCUGUGUCAGUCGUGCGCGAGGUGUUCGUAUUAGCAUACGGGGAGGAAGUCGGAAUUCACCAGGGAAGGGUCGUGACGGUGAACGGAUCCCCGCGCACAGUUUCCUUCUCACUGGCAAUGGACAGGAUCCUUGUGACGUACUAUGGUGUGUGGGUCCAUGUGCAGUUGGUAGAGUUCUGUGUGGACAUUUACUACGACGGAAUUCAUUGUGUUAAGGUGACGGUUACACCUUACUACUGGGAUAGGAUGUGCGGACUGUGUGGUAACUACAACGGCAACAUGGGCGAUGACAACAUAAUGUCCGAUAUGAUCACCAUCGCUUCAACCUGGAACGAAUUCGGGCUUAGCUGGUUGGUCGAAGGCGAAGAGGAGAAGAGUUGCGGAGAAGGAAAAGUCCCCGGACCGUGUGCAGGGGGAUUGAUGACACUUGUGUCCAAUAAUGGCAACUGCGGGAUGAUUACGGACCCUUCAGGCCCGUUUGCCGCCUGUCAUGCUGCUGUGCCUCCUGGGGAUUUUUUUAAUGACUGCACUUUCGAUAUGUGCGCACUGGGCGGGGACAUCGUGGGUCUCUGUGAGAACCUGGAGCACUAUGCCCUUGUCUGUAAUGACGCAGGCGUGUUCAUCACAUGGCGGUCUCCAACCCUUUGUCCAAUGGUGUGUCCGCCAAACAGCCAUUACACAACGUGCACAAGCCUCUGUCCCGCGACCUGCCAGGAUCCUAACCCAGCGUGUAUAGGAUGUGAAGAUACUGAAAGCUGUGAGUGCGAUGCAGGUUACGUCAUGAGCGGACAGCACUGUGUCCCAAUUGAGGAAUGUGGCUGCACCGACCCCGGGACCGGUCAAUAUUACGAGCUCGGAGAAAUCUGGGUUGAGAACGGUCAACGUUGUAUUUGCAAGGAAAAUAACAUCAUUGUCUGCAAAGAUUGUUCCUUUGACAUUGUCUUUCUACUCGACCGUUCUUCGAGCAUUGGACCCUAUGCAAUGUACUUCGCUGAAAAAUACAUCGCGUACAUCAUCAUGUGUUUGCGGGGUCUAGAUGUUGAGGUUGGGUUGAUUUCUUAUGACUGCGAAUCGAGGUGGCUAAUCUCGCAGGGCCUCUACACCGUGGAUACGUCCGGUCUCAUCCCCAAAGUUAAGGCUUCUGAGUUUACUGGGGGGGAGAGCCGAACUGGACAUUCCAUCUACCAUUACAUCUGCACGGAAAAUUCCCGACCCGAUAUUCCUCGAGUGGCAGUUGUGCUGACCGAUGGUGAUCCUACAGAUGGCAACUUGUAUGCAGUCUACUCCGACGAAGCAAGGGCACGGGGCAUAGAGUUGUACACUGUGGCAAUUUCAAGGAAUGACCUGUUCGACUUCAGUGUGCUUGAGUACAUCGCGGGUGGUGCAGACCGAGUGUUCGGCCGUUUCAGCUGCUGCGAUCUUGCCAUCAAGAUACUGCGGGAUGUGUGCGUACCUUAAGGACCCGGCAACGGAGAACGUGGUCUUCAGCGAGUUCAUCUUCCUUCCGCCGAAGACAAGAGCAAAUGGACAUUGCUAUCUUUAUUCUGAAAGAGAUGUAUGAUUCCUUUCACUUCCAAAAUCAUUAAAAUAAACGUUUUGCAGAAGUUCAGUAUUAAUUUACUUCAACUGGUCAUCAAGACUAUGUGUCUCUACCACAACAUACAUAACACAGACUUUUCUGGCUUGACAUAAUCUAGUGAUACUAAAACAUCCCAAGACAUUUUAAAUGACUUCACAAUACCAGAGAUAUCAUACAUCACUUUUAGAUUACUAUUUCAUAGAUAUCUCUUCAAUUUUUUUUUGCAUUGUUUCAAUCCUUUCCACUAUGUUAUCUCCUGGCAUGUUUUCUAUAAUCGCAACUGUUGUAUCUACUUGGCUAAAGUGUUCUCUUUCUUUACAUCCUGCGAAGCAAUUAUUUCUCCACUGAACGACUACAAUAGAAAAUACAAGCUAUUUUGCUUAUCCAUUCCAUUUAGUUGCAUGAUAGAACAAUACACAGCAUAGAAUCUUCUGCUUGAUACAUACGUUUCCUGUCUUCAGCAAAAUAGUACGACAUAGAUGCUUUACUACAACCUUUCUAUAACGUAAGAAUUUAAAAUUUCUGCCUGUUGCUAACGUUAGAAGAAAAAACAUAUUUCCAAAUGAUGGGAAACUUCCCCCUCAAUUUCCUUAACAAUGUUAGUAUGAAACGCCUUAAGGGAUGCGAUACAGCCAUAGCGAAGUUUAUGGUUACCUUUUAUCUCAAAGACAAAAUUAUUGAUAUAAGAAAAAUAUUUGAAGAAGGCUGGAUCCAAAUUGUUAAACACAUGAUGAUUUUAAUUAUAAAGCUAUUCCACGUGAAAUUCGUCAAAAUUGGUCUCUGAUUACCACUGCACUACAUGUAAACAUUAAACAACAUGACAAUCGCCUUGUUAUCUUUCUCUAAGUCUCUCUAUCUAUAUGUCAUGUUGUUUAGUUAUAUCGCCCUAAACAGGAAACAACCGAUGUUUAUUUAAAAACGGUUUUACUCGUGGAAUAGAUGUAUUAACUGACAUUCAAAGAAAAAAAUAAUUAGCUAUGGUGUUUAAUGCUGCUUAAUGGGGCAAUGGGUUUAAGCUAUAUUGAUACGUUAUUCGGAAUAUUGUUAACCAAGAUAAUGUCAAGAGAAGCACAGAUGCAUUUUGCAAUUGUUUAACGGGAUGAGUCAAAGAGAAAUGUUACGAACUCUUCAUUAAAAAAUCGGAUAAUCAUUGCAGGAAUGAUAAAACUGCUGUGAAAAAAUCACUAAGACCUCGUUCGCCCCACCCCAACCGUUUAAAAGGAAAAUGGCAAUCCUUCAAUGGAACAUGUGAAGUCCAAUACGUCAUUCUUUAUGACUAUGAUUUAUAUAGCAAAUUAAAGCACCAUUUCUGUAAAGGCAGCCAGAAAGCGUUGCCAUGUUAUGUUCUGAUCAAUUAUUAUUUUAUUUUUUUAAACUGCGAUAUAAAAUUAUGUCAUGUCAAAUUGAGGUUAAAGCGUGCCGUGCGAAUACGACGUGUUUCUUAAAUAUUACAUAUUUACUUCUCUGCCGAUGAAACAACUGUGAAAUGUUAUCAUGCCCAGUAAACCAAACGAAGAUAUAUAAAAUGCGUUUGGAUAGCUGAUAAGUUUUAAAUCAUUAUAUCAACAUAUAUCAUGCUUGCUUUAUCAUUUAAGCCACUUAGACAACAAAACGCUUCAUUACGUUAUAGUAUGUAUUGCUUAACGCUAGAUGACUUGUGCAUUGGUGAAAUAGUUUCUUUGGCUUUUAUGAUGUUUGGGCUUAAGUUAUCCAUAAUAUCCAAUUAUUAUCAUAUUGUGAAGAAUGCCUCUUGUAUUUUUAACUAAAUGGUUAACUAAUGAAACAGAAAUUAAAAACACAGGUGUAAUUUGGCAAUGAGAAAUACAAAAAAAUUACGACCAAAGAUAAAAGACACAAAUAAGGACUUUGUGGCUGAAAUGGAACACUGAUAUGGCUUGAAAUGUGCACAUGUCAAGUAUAUAAUUCGUCUCUGAAUUAUGACCCUACAAUCGAAUGCGACUACUUGAAUCAUUCUUCACCUUUAACGGCAUCCAGUGUAGUUUUUAGGUCUUGGAAACGCAAAUUUUCUUUAUUGAGCAUAUUGAGCUAAAACCACACUAUCCCAACGUAUAUUGACCCUCAUGGAGCAAAAAUUAACAAAAAUUCUGACGGAAAAUGGUUACUGGAAGGGCUCUGGUCUGAUUUUUAAAUGCCCAAAGUAUAAAAUGCUGAUUUGAAUGUGCGAAUGUGAAGUACUAAUAACUGUACUAUGUGUCAAUAUCACAAAGAUCGCCCUAAAAACAUUGGAUGCCUUUAACUUAAAAAUAUCAAAGUUUCACUAGAAAAGGUCGUGCUGUGAUGAUGAAGACCAAAGUUUCAAAUAUAGCACUCAAGUAAUUAAGUGCAGAAUAAUAAUACCUAAUGUGUAUAAAAUGAUUCGUUAGCGACAGUGACAAUGAUAUUCCUGAUGAUUCCGUGUAUUUUGUACACCUCACAACAUUUAGAGGUGUAACGUGUAGACGUAAUACAAUUUCGAUCUAUAAUAUACCACCUAGAGCAGUGUAUAAUGUCAAUAGAAAUAUGGCUUGUCAGUAAAGAUCAUGGUAAAACAGUUCAACAUUUCACAGUGAUUUCUGAAUCACUCACAGCAGACCUAUAUAGAUAAUAAAUCGUAAA